AUGCCACCUUUACCUGUGCUUAACAGGCCUCAAAUUCAUACGUCAGUUACUGAAGUAAGUCAUGCCAUUGAUCGUACAAUCAAGGAAGAGCUGUUUCCGGUUGCCUACACUACUGAGGAAGAGCAGUUUUUCAAAACCAACCCUAAGCCAGCCUAUAUCGAUGAAUUGAUCAAGGACGCUAAAGAGUUUAUUGAUUUACAACAUUCCUUGAAUCGGGACAAAAUAGUACUUAUCACCUCCGGUGGUACUACUGUUCCGUUGGAAAACAACACUGUACGUUUCAUUGACAAUUUUUCUGCUGGUACACGAGGUGCAUCCAGCGCUGAACAGUUCUUAGCAAAUGGGUACAGUGUCAUUUUUCUACAUAGGGAAUUUUCAUUAACUCCGUAUAACAGGUCCUUCUCUCACAGCAUUGAUACUCUGUUCCUGGAUUACAUUGAUUCAGAGGGAAAAAUUAAACCUGAGUUUGCUAAAAAUGUUUUAAAGAACAAAAAAUUAUAUGAUAAGUACAUGGAAGAAGAGGAAAGACUACUUCUAUUACCAUUCACCACGGUCAACCAAUACCUGUGGUCGUUGAAAAGUAUAGCCAAGCUAUUGAACAAUAGUGGCUGCCUGUUUUAUUUAGCUGCAGCUGUCAGUGACUUUUUUGUUCCAUAUUCGAGAUUACCUCAACACAAGAUUCAGUCCGGUGACAAUGGUAAGAUGGGAGGAAAUAAUGACACCGAGGGUACGACUAAGACCACUCCUGAUGGUAAACUCAUAGUGAAUCUUGACCCUGUCCCGAAGUUUUUAAGAAGACUGGUGGAAUCAUGGGCCACUCAGGCUAUGAUUGUUUCGUUCAAAUUAGAAACCGAUGAAUCCAUGCUACUUUACAAGUGUACACAGGCUCUGGAUAGAUACAAUCAUCAACUAGUUAUCGGAAAUCUUUUACAGACAAGAAACAAACAGGUAAUUUUCGUAUCGCCUGAAAACAGAAAAGGAGACUGGAUACGUUUAGAUGAGAAUCAUCACAGCAUUGAAGAGAUGAUAAUCCCAGAAGUCAUCGCACGUCAUGAUCAAUGGGUAGCGCAUUCGAAAACGAAGCUAGUUACAAAAUAA